AUGUCAGGAAAAGCCGAGCGACCCAGUAAGCGCAUACGUAAACUCAGUACUGAUUCUGAGGGAGAUGGAGAAAUCGAUUGGACGGAUCACCGUGUAAAAGCUGGUAGGGCUGAUGCAGCCACCAACAAGAACGAGUCAUCACGAUCGCGUCGCACCAAUCCAGAGCCCGCCUCAACUGCCACCGUAUCACGUGGACCAGCACCACCAGAAUCGAAAAGUCCGGAGUCAAUGCGUUUGACCGUCAAGACAUCAUCAAGUAAAUUGAGAGAAGCGACAAGAUCAAGCCCUGUCACUGGCCCACCUGUUAUGGUUAAUAGCAGAGAUCAAUUUGUCGGUGGCGAGAUCCUCGAAGGCAAGAGAAACAGGAAGGUCAGGAAGAGUUAUGUUUUGGAAUCAGAGAGUGAGGAAGAUGAUGAAGAAAUGGAAGAUGCUGAGGGUGAAGAUGAUCCCGAUGCGGAAGGUGAAGAUGACGACCUAGAUGCUGACGGAGACGUUGAUAUGGAUGUGCAACCGACUCCACCUACCAUCCAAAUUUCUAAAGCGUCGGCUGGACAAACUAAAAUCAUUGUGAAGGAGCCACCGAAAAUACCCGCUGCUACUGUUGAGCAACAGGAAAUGGGGCUCAGUGAUGAUGACGAUGAACUCAGUGAACUCGACAGUGACUUAGGAGAAGAAAUCGAGGAGGAGGAAGUAAUUCAAAGUGUAAAUGAGGAAGAUGCAGAGGGAGAAGAUGAGGAGAUUGAAGCGGCUGCGGAAGAAGAUGAGUUACUCGAUAGUGAUGAUGAAAAUCCCGCAAAUGAGAGCAGAGGGUCUACUCCCGAUCUCAAUAAAUUGACGAGGAGACAAAGAGCAAGAUUUGACGAUGCUGCUAGUGGAUAUCUCAUGGCUCUUCCCGAUGAGGUCCAAGUGAAGAAACAUCUCACAGCUGAAGAGCAUGCUAUGAGACGGGCAGAAAUGGCACGAAGAAGGAAGAAUCUUAGUGAGAAGCGUAACGAAGAAGAGAAGAUGGAAACAAUCAACAAACUUCUUAAGAAGCAAGCACCGAAGACCAACGCUCGUCGCAAAGAUCUCAAUGGGCCCGUUGUUGACGCGACUCCGGAAGGAGAACCCCAGAAGCCGAACCCGCUUUUCGUUCGAUGGGUUAGUAAUAAGGAUGGGAAUCGAAUUGGUGUACCAGAAGAGUGGAUGGAAGGUCCUACCGGUGCUUUGUUCCAAGGUGGAAUUAAGUCUAGCGGGAAUGCUAUGGGCGGGAAAUUGAUCCAGGAAGUCUCUUGA